UGACCGUUAGUUACCUCUGUGCUCCGCAUCGAGCAGAGCUAUAAAACCUGGCGGAGGAGAAGAAACUGUUUUGUCACUGACUGAGAAAGACGAGCGAGACUGCGAGUCCCGACAAGGGAAGGGUUUUCCUCGUUUUUGGUUUGCCUGGGUAUGACACAAGCAAGAGUGGAUAGGAAAAAGUGAGGAUCAGGAGUUUGCUUGUGAAGGUGGGGAGAAGACAACAUGGCAGUCUCCACUCAGUUGGGUUUGCUGCUGUGGAAGAACUUCACCUACCGACGGAGACAAACUAUCCAGCUGCUCAUUGAGAUCAUCUGGCCUCUAUUCAUUUUCUUUAUUUUGAUAUCAGUCCGGAUACAUUACCCACCCUACGAACAACAUGAAUGCCACUUCCCCAACAAAGCCAUGCCCUCUGCAGGCACCCUGCCAUGGGUACAGGGCAUCAUCUGUAACGCCAACAACCCCUGCUUCCGUCAUCCCACUCCGGGAGAGAGUCCAGGAGUUGUGGGGAAUUUUAAUGACUCAAUAAUCUCUCGUUUGUUGACUGAUGCCAAGAAGAUCCUGCUCUACUCUCAGAACGAUAAGAGCUACGAAGGCUACAAAGGACUGCUGAGGGCCCUCAGGAAACUUCAGAAGAACACAGCUCGUUUCAAGCUGAAGGACUUCUUACAAGACAAUGAAACUCUUUCCCAUUUUCUGCACCACAAUGCAUCUCUCCCUCACCAUGCGCUGAAGCACAUCGUGGAGGCUGAUGUCAAUCUUGAAAAGGUGCUCACCAAAGGUUUUGGGUUUCAUCUUCGUGACCUCUGCAACACCACCCCUCUGGAGGAGUUUGUCCUGAUUGCCGACCCCAACGUUUCCCGUUUAACUCAAGAAAUAAUCUGCAACUCGUCAAGUGACUGGCUAAACAAAGCUCAGCACCACUUCCUCUCCAACUUGGAUUUCCUCAAACCGAUCCGGAGGGACGUGAAGGCAGACCCCAAAGUUGUUCAGGAAGUCUCAGCUGCGACUGAUAACCUCCUGGAGAGCCUGGGAGCGCUGGCCGUGGAGUUUUCCAGCAUGAAGAGUUGGAAGGACAUGAGGAAGGAGAUCCUCUAUCUGACUGCAAACCCCACAGGGUCUCCAAACCAAAUGUACCAGGCUGUGUCCCGGAUCGUGUGUGGACACCCAGAGGGGGGAGGCCUCAAAAUCAAGUCUCUCAACUGGUACGAAGACAACAACUACAAGGCGCUGUUUGGAAACCACGGCAACGACAGCGACAAUGAGCCGAUCUCCAGUUACGAUAACUCUUCCACACCGUACUGUAACAACAUGAUGAAGAGCCUGGAGUCCAGCCCCAUUUCCAGAAUGAUCUGGCGAGCGCUGAAACCUCUGCUCAUGGGGAAGAUUCUGUACACCCCAGAUACUCCAGCAACCCAGAGGAUCAUCCAUGAGGUUAAUAAGACCUUCCAGGAGCUGGGCGUGUUGAGGGACCUGGGAGGAAUGUGGGAAGAAAUGAAGCCCAAACUCUGGAACUUCAUGGAGAGCAGUGAGGAAAUGGACAUGGUCAGGAACUUGCUGCAGAGUAAUGUCGGCGCCGCGUUCCUGAACGCACAGCUCAGUGAGACUGAGUGGAGCGUGUCAGACGUGGCGAACUUCCUGUCAAAAGCCUCAGAGGACAAAAGACCUGCAGGGACCGCAUACUCCUGGAGAGAUAUCUUCAAUGAGAGCGAUCACGCCAUCCAGACCAUUUCCCGCUUCAUGGAGUGUGUGAACCUGGAUAAACUGGAGCCGGUGGCCAAUGAGGAGCGCUUGGUCAACAAAUCCAUGAGUCUCCUGGAUAACCAGAAGUUCUGGGCUGGAAUUGUGUUUCCCGACAUAUCGCACAGCGACAACAGCGACCUGCCGCCCAACGUCAACUACAAGAUCCGCAUGGACAUCGAUAACGUGGAGAGAACCAACAAGAUUAAAGACGGAUACUGGGACCCCGGUCCCAGAGCAGACCCAUUUGAGGACCUCCGGUACGUCUGGGGAGGGUUCUCGUACCUGCAGGACGUCAUAGAGCAGGGAAUCAUCAGAGCGGUCACCGGCUCAAAGGAGAAGACAGGCAUCUACAUUCAGCAGAUGCCUUACCCCUGCUACGUUGAUGACAUUUUCUUGCGAGUGAUGAGUCGCUCCAUGCCGCUCUUCAUGACUCUGGCCUGGAUGUACUCGGUGGCCAUCAUAAUUAAAGGCGUGGUGUACGAGAAGGAGGCCCGCCUGAAGGAGACCAUGAGGAUCAUGGGGCUGAACAACGGCACCCUGUGGCUGAGCUGGUUCAUCAGCAGCUUGAUCCCGCUGCUGAUCAGCGCAGGGCUGCUGGUGAUGUUGCUGAAGAUGGGAAACCUGCUUCCUUACAGCGAUUCUGGCGUCGUCUUCCUCUUCCUGGGAUCCUUCGGCGUUGUAACCAUCAUGCAGUGUUUUCUCAUCAGCACGCUGUUUUCUCGUGCCAACCUGGCCGCGGCGUGCGGUGGCAUCAUAUACUUCACUCUCUACUUGCCUUACGUUCUGUGUGUUGCCUGGCAAGACUAUGUGGGAUUUGGAGCAAAAGUUGUAGUGAGUCUGCUGUCUCCUGUGGCUUUUGGCUUUGGCUGCGAGUACUUUGCCUUGUUUGAGGAGCAAGGAGUGGGAAUCCAGUGGUCCAACUUGCUGGCAAGCCCCUUAGAGGAGGACAGCUACAACCUAACCACAUCCAUCUGCCUCAUGCUGUUUGAUGCCGUGCUGUACGGAAUCAUGACCUGGUACAUUGAAUCGGUUUUCCCUGGUCAGUAUGGAAUCCCCAGACCUUGGUAUUUCCCUUUCACCAAAUCAUAUUGGUGUGGAGAAAAAGAAAAUAAAGACAUGUCUGCAUCGAUGUCAAAGAAGGGAAACGCAGAGGCUGUGUGCAUUGAGGAGGAACCUGGCCACAUUGAUCCCGGAGUUUACAUCGAAAACCUUGUGAAGGUCUACAGUCACGGAAACAAGCUGGCUGUUGAUGGACUGAGCCUGAAGUUCUAUGAAGGACAGAUCACCUCCUUCUUGGGUCACAAUGGAGCCGGCAAGACCACCACCAUGUCCAUUCUAACUGGGUUGUUCCCGCCCACCUCUGGCACCGCCUACAUCCUGGGGAAGGACAUCCGCUCCGAACUCAGCACUAUCCGACAGAAUCUGGGCGUCUGCCCACAGCACAACGUGCUUUUCAGCAUGUUGACAGUAGAGGAACACAUCUGGUUCUACGCGCGCCUGAAAGGGCUUCCAGAGGAGAAGGUGAAGGCUGAAAUGGAACAAAUUGUGAAUGAUGUCGGCCUUCCUCACAAACGAAACUCUCGCACAAGCACCCUGUCAGGUGGGAUGCAGAGGAAGCUGUCAGUGGCUCUGGCUUUUGUCGGGGGCUCCAAAGUUGUGAUUCUUGAUGAGCCCACAGCUGGUGUUGACCCCUACGCUCGAAGGGGAAUCUGGGACCUGUUGCUAAAAUACAGACAAGGCCGUACCAUCAUUCUGUCCACUCAUCACAUGGAUGAAGCUGACAUCCUGGGUGACAGAAUUGCUAUCAUUUCCCAUGGCAAGCUCUGCUGUGUGGGCUCCUCCCUCUUCCUGAAGACUCAACUCGGUACAGGCUACUACCUGACGCUGGUGAAAAGAGACUACGACUUGACUCUGCAGUCCUGCAGGAACUCUGCCAGCACAGUUUCCUACAGCAAGAAAACAGAGAAGGAGGACAGCAUAUCUGAGAGCAGUUCAGAUGCUGGACUGGGCAGUGAACCUGACAGUGAAACCACCACUAUUGGUAAGACAUGGAUUAAAAAAUCCUUUAACCCCUUUUCUGAUAGACAUUCACUCAAAUACCUUACGUCUUCAUUCUUUUCCACAGAUGUUUCCCUCAUUUCCAACGUGAUUUUCAAGCAUGUCCGGGAGGCUCGCCUGGUUGAGGAUCUUGGACAUGAACUCACUUAUGUCUUGCCCUACCAAUCAGCUAAAGAUGGAGCCUUCGUGGAGCUCUUCCACGAGCUUGAUGACCGGCUUACUGAUCUGGGAAUAUCAAGUUAUGGAAUUUCCGAUACCACUCUGGAAGAGAUUUUCCUGAAGGUAGCAGAAGACAGUGGAGUCGAUUCUGUUGAGCUUUCAGACGGAGUCGUACCAACUCGGACUCGUCGACGCCAUGCUUUUGGAGAUCACCAGAGCUGCCUGAAACCCUUCACUGAAGACGACUUUGACUUCAACGACUCUGAAGGUGAUCCAGAAUCCCGUGAGACUGACUGGCUUGGUGGGGCAGACGGCAAAGGUUCAUACCAGGUGAAAGGCUGGAGUCUGAAGAGGCAACAGUUUGUCGCGCUGCUCUGGAAGCGCUUCCUCUACGCCCGGCGCUCCAGGAAAGGUUUCUUUGCUCAGAUUGUCCUUCCAGCAGUGUUUGUGUGUAUCGCCCUGGUAUUCAGCCUGAUUGUUCCUCCAUUUGGAAAGUACCCCAGCUUGGCUCUGCAUCCCAGCAUGUAUGGAGAACAGUUUUCUUUCGUCAGCAAUGACAUGCCUGAAGACCCUCACACCAACAAACUGCUGGGAGCUCUGAUGGAAAAACCUGGCUUUGGAAGUCGCUGCAUGAAGGGAGAGCCCAUACCAAACACCCCCUGUACUGCUGUUGAAGACGAGUGGUCAGUCCCUGACAUCUCUGAGAGUGUCAGGGACAUUUUCGACAAGGGCAACUGGACCAAGGAGAACCCUUCUCCUCUGUGUCAGUGCAGCUGUGAGGGGAGAAAGAGAAUGCUGCCGGAGUGUCCUGAUGGAGCUGGCGGACUCCCACCACCACAGAUGAAGAUCAGUGACAAAGACACCCUGCAGAACCUGACUGGCAGAAAUGUAUCAGACUACCUGGUCAAAACCUACGCACAGAUCAUUGGCAAAAGCCUGAAAAACAAGAUUUGGGUCAAUGAGUUCAGGUAUGGCGGAUUCUCACUGGGUGCAAGGAGCUCCCAGUUUCUGUCUCACAAAGAGGAAAUUGAUGAUGCGAUUGUUCAGCUGAGGAGGCGCUUCCAUCUUGAAAGAGGAACUGCAUCUGAUCGGUUUUUCCGCAGCCUGUCCAGUUUCAUCCAGGGAUUGGACUCCAAGAAUAACGUGAAGAUCUGGUUCAACAACAAGGGCUGGCACAGCAUCAGCUCCUUCCUCAAUGUGAUGAACAACGGCAUCCUGCGCGCAAGUCUGCCAGCUGGAAAAGACCCCAGCAAGUUUGGCAUCACGGCCUACAACCACCCACUGAACCUCACCAAGGAGCAGCUGUCACAGGUCGCAUUGAUGACGACAUCGGUGGACGUGCUGGUGUCCAUUUGUGUGAUCUUUGCCAUGUCCUUCGUGCCGGCCAGUUUUGUGGUCUUCCUCAUCCAGGAGCGAGUGAACAAGGCCAAGCACAUGCAGUUCAUCAGUGGAGUACAGCCAUUCCUCUACUGGCUGGCCAACUUCGUCUGGGAUAUGUGUAAUUACAUCGUUCCUGCCACACUGGUGAUCAUCAUAUUUGUGUGUUUCCAACAAGACGCCUACGUCUCCUCCACCAAUCUCCCAGUGCUGGCCCUGCUGCUCCUGCUUUAUGGGUGGUCAAUCACCCCUUUGAUGUACCCGGCCUCCUUCUUCUUUAAGAUCCCCAGUACUGCCUAUGUGGUCCUAACUAGUGUCAACAUACUGAUAGGAAUCAACGGCAGCGUGUCAACAUUUGUUCUGGAGCUGUUUGGAAGUAACGAGAUCGGGGGCAUCAAUGACAUCCUGAAAAACGUUUUCCUCAUCUUCCCCCACUUUUGCUUGGGGAGAGGACUGAUUGACAUGGUGAAGAAUCAGGCCAUGGCUGACGCUUUGGAGCGAUUUGGUGAAAACCGUUUCCGAUCGCCACUUGCCUGGGACAUGGUGGGGAAAAACCUGUUUGCAAUGGCCAUAGAAGGGGUUGUGUUCUUCUGUAUCACAGUCCUCAUUCAGUAUCGCUUCUGCAUCAAGACGAGGUCUUCCAUCAGCCACCUGAAACCGAUUGGAGAGGAAGAUGAGGAUGUGGCCAGAGAGCGUCAGAGGAUCCUGAGCGGAGCCGGGCAGUCAGAUAUCCUGGAGUUGAGAGAGCUCACCAAGAUUUACAAACGGAAACAGAAGCCGGCAGUCGACCGGCUGUGUGUUGGCAUCCCUCCUGGAGAGUGUUUCGGUUUGCUUGGAGUGAAUGGAGCAGGCAAGACCAGCACCUUCAAAAUGCUGACGGGAGACUCCUUGGUCACCAGUGGCGAGGCAUACUUGGCAGGCAAAAGUGUAAAUACUGAGAUAGAUGAGGUGCAUCAGAACAUGGGUUACUGUCCUCAGUUUGAUGCCAUCAACGACCUGCUGACCGGCAGAGAACACCUUGAAUUCUAUGCUAUUCUGAGAGGAGUACCUGAGAAGGAAGUCUGCGAGGUGGCAGAGUGGGGCAUCCGGAAGCUGGGAUUGGUCAAAUAUGUGGACAAAUCAGCAGGGAGCUACAGCGGAGGAAACAUGAGGAAACUGUCCACGGCCAUCGCUCUCAUUGGAGGACCUCCUGUUGUGUUUCUGGAUGAGCCAACGACAGGCAUGGACCCUAAGGCACGCCGGGCCCUCUGGAAUGCCAUCCUGAGCAUCAUCAAAGAGGGACGCUCUGUAGUUCUGACGUCUCACAGCAUGGAGGAGUGUGAAGCUCUGUGCACCAGGAUGGCCAUCAUGGUCAACGGCAGGUUCCGCUGCUUGGGCAGCGUGCAGCACCUUAAAAACAGGUUUGGCGAUGGCUACACCAUCAUCCUGCGAGUGGCAGGGCCAGACCCAGACCUUCGGCCGGUGAUGAACUUCAUCGAGCAGGAGCUUCCAGGGAGCACUCUGAAAGAGAAGCACCGCAACAUGCUGCAGUACCAGCUCCCCUCAUCCCUCACCUCCCUAGCCCGCAUCUUCUCCCUCCUCUCAAAGAACAAGGAGACACUCUGCAUAGAAGACUAUUCUGUCUCCCAGACCACUUUAGACCAAGUGUUUGUAAAUUUUGCCAAGGACCAAAGCGAUGAGGACCAUUUGAAAGACGUCCACCUGAGCAAGCGGGACGCUGUUGUAGUGGACGUUUCACAGCUCAACUCUUUCCUCAUUGACAGCAAGAGCAGGGAGAGUUGUGUCUGAUCCCACCGCAUCCACCAGUGGGAGCAGCUUCUCCCACUCUCCCUGCAGUUUGAAAAAUAUGGACCACAAGCCUGUGGGGGAGGGGAACCUUUAUUUUUUUGUUAGUUUUUUUUAACUAAGUGUUUUAGUCUUUUUUUAAAAAAAUCAUUUUUCAGUGAACCUGCACCUGAGCGCACAGCCUUUCCACAAAGGCAAAAGCUGCAGGCUUUGUGAAAAACACUGACAAAAUGAAAACUCAAUGCAAAUCAAUGCAAGAAAAUGUGUACAAAUAUAUUUAAGAUGACGAUAUCCCUACGGAUGUUGGAGACAGUUACAUCUUCUGCAGCAGGAUGACUGCAGAAAGGCAACGGAGGGAAAGACUGGCUCCUCACUUAGAGGGCAAGAGGGGGACGCAGGAAGGAAAUACCUUGGAUUCGUUAUUCCCAUUCCUCAGAGGAGUCAUGUGGAUCAUUCACUGCCAGCUUUUGAAACAUGGACUGACCACUUUUUUUAUUCAGGGUCAAACUUCUUCAGCUUGUCUUUGUUACCAACGGCAGUUUUAUAAUCAAAAUGAUGGUUUAAAAAAAAAAAGUGACAAAAGUGCAAUCUAUGUGAUUAUUUCACUAAUUGAAAAUUGUAGAACUGCAUACCCUCUGCAGAGUUCUUCUCUUCUGUUGUUACAUGUCUGACUGCUACUGUUGUUCCUGGUUACCUUAACAUUGUUCAGCCCAGUGCCUGUAGACGUGGAGCCACAGAUGAGCACUCCAUCACAAACCACACGUAUGCUGCCAAGGAAUGUAGAGCAACAACGACACGCAUCCCCAGCCCGUAGAGAAACAUGCUUUUGGAGUGUGACCAUCAUUAUCUGUGUCCAAAGAAAACAAAACAAUUGCUCGAUGUUUGUUCCAGUUCUUCAGCCUGUGAUGUCGCUCUGCUUUUCCUCCCUGAUCUGAAUCAGAGGGUUCCUCAAGGUUGUUUUGGAAAGAUGGCUUUAUGUUUGUGACCGCAUGCUUCCUGCUAGGCCACGCACUUUCAACAUCAGUGCAUCUGUGUCCGUGUGUGUAGACCAAAGCAUGCCAGUAGAUCUGUGUUUAAUGCAGUGGAGAGAACUAAAAUCUCCUUCAUUACUGUUGGAUUUCUUGUCAAAUGAUGCGAUAAAAAAACAACUUAAAGUAGAGCAGGAGAAAAGUGAAGGGACUGAUGGGAUUCUAGCAACCUAUUUCUGUGGAUAUAAUGUACAGUAGUUUGAUGUCACCAGUGAUCUAUCAGUAUCUGUGCCAAAAUGUUUGAUCAAACUGUGUAAUCCUAAUGAGGCAAAUGAUUUUUGAAGUCGUUCUUUGAACCACGCAUUUGCUCAGUCACUCGAUCAGUCGUAAGCUGCUGGAAACAAAGCAGGCACAUAUGUCAAAGGUUUGUUCUGUGGUUUGAUCUCAACUUUUACUGCUCUCUUUGCUCUAGUGACUUUGCCAAAUCCCAAAGUGGUCACAUUCACAACGUGAACGCAGCCGUCAAGAAAGAAAGAUUCUGUUUGGACCCAGUCAGUCAGCCAAGCUGAACAUGUCGAUUACAAUUGUGCUUGUAGUGCUUUGUAGCUACAAAUCCAGGGUUUGAACUAAGGACAGAAUCUCACCAUAGAUUCCCUGUCUGUUGAUAAAUCUUGAAAAGUGUUUUAUAAUUAUUGAAGUUAAGAACUGACCCUUCCAAACUUUUUUUUUUUCCUUAUCUAAAAAAAUGAGCACUUUAUGGGCAUAGCAGCCUUUGGUUUUCACCGUGUAGAAUUAGGCAUUUGAAAACUCAAAAAUAAAUAUCUGCACUGAAGAACAGACAUGAUGGAGAAACAUGAAGCUACAUCACUGCAGUUGUAGAUUUGUUUGAAACUUGAAACAUAGAUCAAAGGCUUUUGUGAGUUAGAGAAAUUAGUGGAACGGUGAAAAUAAGACUAGAAGUUGUUGUUAAGAGAGCAAUGCAGGACAUUACUUAAGUGGUCAUUUUUCUUCUCUUCUCGAUCUCAAUAUUACUAUUUGUUUACAUUUUAAAGUAUUACAAAUGUUUGAGUCUGUUAACCGUUGUGUAUAAAUAUUCAACAUUAAUAAAAAUUCAUACAUUUUCAAA